AUGUCUACAAUCGGCACCAACAGUUCUUCCCCUAGUCGCCUAACCUUCUUCACUCCCCCCCAAUCCCCUAGAGCCUCACAACUAAGCACUCGACGAGCCUCCAAAGUCAUAACCGCCAGUCCACGAAAAAGAGUUUCCUUCCCCGUCUUUCCCGAAGAAAUCGAAUUACCAAACCGUCAAACCUCAUGGCGACAGAAGCUAGCCAACAUACCAAGGCUAUGGUCUGAAUUCAGUACCUCGUUUCGCCAUCGCAUUUCCAUAAAAAGACUCAUCAAGAUAAUUCUUCUUAUCUACGCAACUGUACUUAUCAUCCGCAUCGUUGAUAUUCGCAUCUCCCUGGGGAAGAAUCCUUGGUACGAAAAAAAAGAAGAAUAUACCCACGAGGGAGAGAAAGACUUCCCCCACGAGAGAGAAGAAGAAAAUUUUCGCGAAAGGAAGCAAGACUUUCAGCGCGAAGAGAAGCAAUCUGCACAUGGAUAUGAUAAUCGCGAUGGAUCUCACUUUUCACACCAACUCGAGCCCUACGAGUUAGUCAGUCCAUUGUAUGAUCUCGCAAAUCUAGAUAUAAGUCCUCAGCUUGAUGUCAUACAAGAUGCAUAUUCCGAUGCGCGAUAUGGACUUAACAGACUGAGAGAUGGUCUACCACAACUGUCAAAAGCUUCUCCAGGACUAAGUACCAAAAUUCGAAGUUUUCGAGAUCAGGCCUGGACAGUCUCCGAAGCUAUUGGAGGGUUUUCAAAGUUCGUGGAUGUUUAUGUUGGCACCUUUAAGCGAGAAACAGACCAUCUAAGGGAACAACUCGCCAAAGUGAAACCGGGAGAUGAACUUGCCAAUCUAAAUCUAGAAGAUUGUAGAAAAGCGGGAGUAGUUUGGAUCAAUCAUUAUAAACGAUUGAAACUAAAGAUAAGAAAUAUGUGGAGGACGAAAGAUGUAUUUUCAAAUGUUUUUGACUCAGCCAUUAGAGAAAGGAAAAAUCUUGAAAAAGCCCUGAGGAAAGCCGAGUCCGGUAUGACCAAAGAAGCAAAAAAGCAGGAAUGGAAUAAUUUUGAUUUUCCCUCGGCAUACCAAUUUCUUGAACGAUUUAGUCGGUGCAGAACUAAAGACAAAAAUUGGGGGGGCUAUGAGGAAACGAUCAAAGAGUUGAUCAUAUACAUUGAUGUAUCACUCAAGGCUGCUAAUGCACAAAUCGAAAAUUUGAUGGCAGAAUUCCAGCGGAUUUUAAGCGUUGACGAGAACGAAGCAGAUGUGGAAUCGAUCGAUUUUCCGACAAUUUUCAAUCAAAUGGAGGCGCUGAAUCUUACCUUUGAGAAAUAUGAGCGGGUCAAAGCCCUGAUUGAACGCACGAGAGAGAAAUCGAUGAAGGAUUUGAGAAGAAGAGCUCAUGAUUCGAAAGAUAGGAUUAGAUACUAUAACUAUGUUGCUAGCCAACAAAAAGAGCGUCUUGAUAAGCAAAUCAUCACCCCGAGGGAUAGGAAAAGGAAAGAAUUUUUGCAGGAGCUGAGAGAAAGAAGAGUCAAGCAGAGUCAGAAAGGGAGGUAA